GACACAUGAGUGAACAGCGUCUGAUUGGACAGUGGUUUUAGACUCAUCUGUUGAUCAUGAAGAGAGUAUGGUCUGCUCUCAGUGGUGAAGAUGUCUCUGCCAAAGCUCUGGAGUCUCCAUCACAUCCUCCUGCUGUCUGUCUUCACCGGCGCCGCGAAUGGAUAUUAUAACUCUCAUUGGCCACAGUGCAUCUACAGCUCCAGUGAUUUCAGUGAUAUGGUGUUCUUGAUGGACUUUUACUUCAAUAAAUAUCUGUACGUACAGUUCAACAGCACUGUGGGGAGGUUUGUGGGGUUUACUGAGGUUGGAGUGAAAUUUGCAGAGAACUGGAACAAAGAUCAAGCGUAUUUACAGCAAAUAAAGGCUGAAGUUGAUACGUUCUGUAAACCUAAUGCUGCACUGUACAAAACAUCUAUCCAUGAUAAAGCAGUGGCUCCAGUGGUGAAGCUGAGUUUAGUGCAGCAGGGCGACAGCACACAUCCAUCGCUGCUGAUGUGCAGUGCGUACGACUUCUACCCUGAGAAAAUCAAGGUGUCCUGGCUGCGGGACGGUGCAGUGGUGACCUCUGACGUGACCUCCACUCAGAAGAUGCCUAACGGAGACUGGUACCACCAGAUUCACACUGAGCUGGAGUACACUCCCAAAGCUGGGGAGAAGAUCUCCUGUAUGGUGGAGCACGCCGGCUUCCAGAAACCCAUGAUCUAUGACUGGAACCCUCCUCUGCCUGGGUUCGAGUGGAGUACGCCGCUGUUAUUCACUGCUGGAGCUGCUGGACUGAUGCUGGGAACCAUCACAGCAGCUGCUGGAUUCAUUUACUACAAGUCAACAUCAACCGCUCUGUGAGAAGACAUUGACAUACCAACAAUUACAGUUACACUAUACACGUCACGAACGAAUUGCUGAGUUAUUCUCCCCUCAUCCAGACUGAAAGACUCCUCAUCAUGGAGAAACACACACACACUCUUCACGACACGAAGAAGACAGAAGCACAGCAUCAUGUCAGAUGUGUUACAGCUAAUAUUUCAGCAUCUUUAGGCAGUAUCGACAGUAAUGAUGCUAGAGGUUUGUUGUACACAACUCAGUAGAUGCUGUUUUCUGUUGUUGUCAUCCUGAUUUAGAGAUAAUCAAGAUAUCAUGAGUGCUGUAUCACAGUAUUGUAUCAAAUUUGUUUAAAAAGCUACAGUUGUUUUUGGAAAGUGUAUGUGACAGCAUACUUGGCUACACAUCAUGUCACUCUUUCUUUUUAACUUGUGGCCAAGUCUGAAGCAAAAGCAGAUGACCGUGAAAUAUUACUAUUCUGUGUGCUGAGAAUAAAACUGUGACAUUCUCUAAUUAUA